AUGAUGCGUACGGACUCCGCAGCGCCGCGAAUAUCCCACAUAGGGCUCGUAGCCCGUAGUCCGGAGGGUCACGCUGCGAGAACAAUGCAAAUAAAAGGACACGAGGACCAAUGGGUAGAUAUCCAGGCCAACACGUUCAAGAAUUGGGUAAACGAGCACGUAUCGCCGUCCAACCGGGUAGAAGACCUGGCGGAAGACUUAAAGGAUGGGCGUGUUUUGUGCGAAUUAGUCGAGAACUUGCAGAAUAAAAAGAUACUAGCAUGGAAUCACAGUCCCGGGAAUCGACAUCAGAUGUUGGAGAACGUGUCCAAAGCUCUGACGGCUAUAGCGGACGACGGAGUAAAGCUGGUCAACAUUGGUAGGUGCUAGUAGUUUAUUUAAAGACUGAAACAGGUACCUAGACCUACAAAUAUUAAAAUAUGUAUUUUUUAAAUAAACUAUAUAUAUACAGCUAUACAGAUGCAUUGAAACGUUCAUUGAAUGAAAUUGUGUUAUAUUAUUAAAUAAUACAAUUUUGAUGUUGAACAGGUGUUGGGUAGUAUCGCCAAAUAGGGAGUGUUAUACAAAAUACAUAAAGUAUGCAAUAGUUAUAAUCAUGUGGGUGUAUUGACCUCUCAUGCCCAUGCGAUAUUUAAAUUGCCAUGCUUCUAUAUGAUUGAAUAAUUUUAUAUAUGAAUGAUAAAUUUAAUACAAUUAAACUGGGCGGACCUAUUUUUAUUUUUUUUUUUUUGUAGCAUACCUAUAUAUCUACUAUAGUUCAAUAAAAAACUUCCAUAACUCAAAAUGUAUUUUAAAAAUCCAAUAACUAAUAAAUCAUAAUUAUCUAUAGAUACAUAGUGUACAUAUUUAAAAAUAGAAAAUGUUUUUUAUAGAUACCUGCUAUUAUAGCAUUUUAUUAAUAAAUAUAUUGGCUAAUUUAAUGGUAAAUGCUUUUCUGGUUUAGGAAACGAAGACAUAGUAAACGGAAACCUUAAACUAAUUUUGGGUCUUAUUUGGUCAUUGAUAGUUCGCUAUCAAAUUGGAAGAUCGAAAUUUCCACCCAAAAAGCUCAUGUUGGCUUGGCUUAAAGUAAUAACGAUUCAUUUAACUAAUAUUAAAAUACAAAAUAUUUUAGUUUAAAAAUUAUUGUAGUCAGUAUUACCGGAGUGCCGCGUAAACAAUUUUACCACAGAUUGGAAUUCUGGUAUUUGCCUUUCUUCUUUAUUGGACUACUGUGAAUCUGGAUUAUUUCCUCAUUGGAGAAAUUUGGAUCCUACCGAUAGUGUGAAUAAUUGCCGCCGUGCUAUGGAAUUAGCACGUGAUCGUUUCAAUAUACCUAUGGUUCUAGAACCCGAAUAUUUAGCUUCACCUUAUUUAGACGAACUGUCCGGUAUGACUUAUUUAUCCUAUUUCAUGAAAGAAAAAAGUCCUGGUACUAAAGCUACUCUGAAUUGGGUGAACAGUCAGUUGAAAACACACAAAGUGUCUAAUUUCACAGUAAGUAUUUAUUGAAUUUAAAAAUAAACGUAUGCAGACUAACUUAUAUUAUCUAUUUUUAGACCGACUGGAAAGAUGGCAUUGUUUUGUGCGAAUUGACAAAAUCCCUCGGUGUUCCGGUUAAGUAUCAAUUGCACGACGAUCCAGAUGUUUGGGAGUCUAACCUAAACGCGGGUACGUAUGAAAGAAGUUUUAUUAGGCAAACUGUAUUUUUUUUUGCAUUUAUAAUAUACAGGAAUGAAUGCCGGUAAAAAAUUAGGAGUCGAACCAUUAUUGAAAGCCAAAGACGUGUCCAGUCUUAAUGCUUCACAUUUAGGCAUGAUGUCUUAUGUGUCUAAUUUCCAAUGGGUAAAACCACGCACUCGACCGUCACAUACCGUACGCGCCCAUAGUGACACCCACACUACAAGAAUAUAUAAACCAGUAGGUUAAUUGAAUUUAAAUUAUUUUAUUUUGAUUAAGUAUACAUAAAUUGAUAAAUUCGAAUUUAAAACCUAAUCAAUGAAUUUUUUUUUAGACUAGUUUUAAAGUAACAUUUUUGGAUUCAGAAGUAGAUCCAAACGAUGUCACAGUAGAAAUAAUUGGACCGGAACUCAAUACUAUACCGUGUAAUUUAAAUUUAAAAUCCAACGGCGGCACAUGCACGUUCGUGCCACUCAUAAUUGGAAUGUAUAAAGUAAAUAGAAUUUGUAGUUUUUCCCCAAAUGAUGCGGUCGGUGAUUUUAAUUUGUAUGCAAUUCUUAUAGGUUACGAUUUUCAAUGGUGACGAGGUGAUACAAGGGUGUCCGAUGUUUAUACGAGCUAUGCCCGAAGUAUCCGAAAUCAAACAUUCGGGUAUGGAACCAUGCGCCGUCGGCUCUAUUGUUGAAGUUCAGGUAAGCUUUUAAUGCGUACUUAUGCAAAUAUACUUACCAAAUUAUAUUUAAGUCGUGCACUGUAAUUUAGUAUAUAUCUAUUGGACAUACGCAUGUUUAUUCGUGUUUUCGCGUUUAGAUAAAUUGUAAUGGUGCUAAAGCUCAAAAUAUUCAAGUGUUAGCGAUGAGUCCAGGGGGCCGAGAAUUAGAAUGUCCAGUUAAAGAAUCGGGAGACGCGUACCGGACAACGUUCCAACCGGAUGAACCCGGAGAAUGGACCAUAGCUGUGAAACAUCGUGGGCAAUUGAUCCAGGGUAGUCCGUAUACGUGUUUUGUGUUCGAUCCGAAUGGAAUUAAAGUAAGAAACGGUUAAAAAAAAAAAAAAAGUCAUAACGUGAACAUUGUCAACACAAAUGAAAAUUGACAUGUUUUUGUUUUGUUUAGUUAGUUGGCUUGGAUAGGCCUGCUAUUGCAGGAACUAUAGUCAAUUGGACUUUGGAUGCCAGAGGAACCGGUGGUUUAGGGAAAAUAGAAAUUGACAUUGUCCAUGACAAACAAUCACUUCCUCACACAAUCGACCAUAUAGGAAAUUCUAUUUAUAAUGUUUCUCUGCACACCAGAAGACCUGGAAAAUAUAAAAUUUAUGUUUAUUUCAAUGGGGCGACUGUUAAAGGUGAUCAUUAUAAUAAUUUGAGAUAUUUAUAUAUAUAGAAAAAAAAAAAAAGGUUACCGAAAAGAAUAGGUACCUAUAAUAAGUUUCCUAUGAUUAAACUUCUAAAAACGUGGAAUAUGUGUAACAGUAUAUAUAGGUAAUAUAAUACAACUAAAGCAAACACAAGGAAUAAAGGAAAAUCUGUGACCUUACAUACCUUAUAUCUUAAUAACGAGUCAUUGUGACAUUAUUGUAAAAAGUAUUAUUAUACAUAUAUACCUUUUUUUUUUAGUAUAAUAAAGAAUUUUGAUAAUCUCUGUAAAAAGAAAAAAAAACAUGACUGUUUUUUAUGCAUAGUCAUAUUUUUAUAUUUUAAUUAACUUAUUAUAAGCCUAACAUAUCCAUUAAAUUAAAUUUAUGUUUAUGUUAUUAUUAUAUCUACCAUAAAUAAAAAUAUUAUAAUAUUAUGUUACUAUUAAAUAUUUGAUUAUGCAUACUGAUAUCAAUUUCAGUAGGUAUUACUUUUGAACAUGCAUCUAAUUAUAUAUUAUUUAUUUUGUAGGAAGUCCUUUUCCAUUGAGAGUUGGUACAAAAGAUGACACUAAGCGACACAGAAACAGUAAGUUGCAUAUUCAAUUAAAAAUAAUAUGCCUAAAAUAUAAUAUGAAAAUAAUUGUCAUGAUCAAAAAAUAAUUUAUUUUUACUUUUAGCCCCUACAAAAUUAGUCAACGGAAACAAUUCUUCAGCAUUUAGUAAGAAAUUAUUUAAAAUGUUUUAUAAUUUAUCAAUUAAAUACAUAUAAUACAUUCAAUAUGUUUUAGAUGACUUUACUUCAUCAAAUGAAUAUCACAAAAUGAGUCUUCUCAGACCUAUUUCACCUUUGCAAUCUCCAAAAUUUACUUCUUCUCCUAUCAAUCAUCACCAUUCUUUGUAUAAAGUAUGUUUUAUUUUAAUUUUUAAUACACCCAUAAUAAUAAUAAAUAAUAAAUAAAUUUAAACUUAUUUUAUAGUCAAAUAACAUUUCGGAAUCUGGAUUUCAUAGUAUCUCAUCACCAUUACAUUUAAAUAUUCCUAGUUCUCAAUCGCCAAUUCAUAGUUACGCAAUGCCUAAAAGUGAUCUAUUAUUGUCUCCAUCAAAAUUAAAACAUAAUGGUAAUUAGCUUUUGUUAAUUUUAAAACAAGUUUUAACAUUUUUUUUAAAUUUAGAUAUAGUUUUUGGUGAAAAUAUGCAGCUCAUGCCAAUAAAUAGAACUUCAACCAUAUACAUUAAUUCUGAUGAAGCUCUAGCCAAUAUUAAUGUAACUGUGAUUGGUAUGUUAAUCAAUAUGAUAAAUAAAUAUACAAAUUUAUUUUGUUUAAGUGUUUAAUAAUUGAUUAUAGGCCCGUCCAAUAAGAUGAUUCCUGUUAGAAUGUCAAGAAACAUUUCACAAGGUCAUGUUUUAGCACAAUUUACGUCAGAAAAAAUCGGAGAACAUACAAUUGAUGUCAAAAUUAAUGGGAUUAAAGUUGCUGGUUCUCCAUUUAGGUAAAUUUAGAAAUUUUUCAAAGGAAAAUGCGUAGAGAAUAGUUAGCUAUGUUUUUUUUAAAAAAAGUGUCUACAACUUUAACAUGUUUAAUUGUAAAUGAAAAAAUCAGAAUAACAUAUAUUAAAAUGUCUAAAACCAUAAUAACUAUAUACCAUAAAAAAUAAAUUAUUUUGAUUAAUAUUCAAAAUAUAUGACAAUUAUUGGUUAUGCAACACCCUCUAUAGGUAUUCAAGAUUUUCUUAAAAUAAAUACUUUUUAUUACUAUUUAUCUAAAUUUGUUCUCAGGAGUCACGCAUAUGAUGUGUAUGCUAUUAAAGUUGGCCAUAUACCUAAUGGAGUUGUUGGAGAACCAGUUGAAUUUGAAAGUAAUCAUUAUUUAUUGUUAAUGCAAAUAAAUCAAAUUAAAAACAAGUAAAAGUCAAUAACUGUUAUUCUUAUAACUGUUUAGUUGAUGGAUCAGGAGCUGGCUCAGGGAACCUGGAAAUUCUUGUGAAUGGAGGACAUGUCACAAGUUUUGUUCGAAAUUUGGGCAAUCAAAAAUUUUUGGCAUCAUUUGUACCACAUAAAGCGCUUGUUCAUUUAGUUGAUAUGAAAUUUAAUAACGAACAGGUUCCAGGUAAUAAAUAUUUGUUGUUAUAACUUAUAAGCAUCAGGAAAAAAAAUGUUAGAUAAUACAUUUCCCACAAUUAGGUACCUAACUGGUAAUAUAUUAGGAUUACAUAAGGAAAUUACAAAACAAUAUAAUAGUAUAUUAAUAUUAAUUAGAUAUAUAAAUUUGACGGAAAAUAUAUGUUUUGAAAAAUGUUUAUUAUGAGGAGAGUAGUGGAGUAUCAUUUGUGUGUGGCACGCGGCGUGUUAGUAACGUACUACUCUCUUCCGACUUAAAAUUGGAAUAUCUCGUCAACGGCUUGAUAGAAAUCAAAAAUGUCUACACUAAAAUGUAUUUUAAAUAAUACUCCAUCUAUUUAUAGACGUUAUAAUAUAGGUCGUAAUUUGAAAAUUAAAAGUAGGUAGUGGUUUUACCCCCAAAAAUAACAUAAAUAUAUAACAUUAUAGAUCUGCUUGUUUCCUUAAUAUUCUUGAAUACAAAUAACGAAAAAAAGUUAAUACUUUCCGAGGUAAUGAGUGUACCGACUUAAAUGGAUUACCUGGUAUACAUGUUUGUACCUUAUUAAAAUUUAAACAUGUCUCUAAAUAUAGCUGCCAUGCAAUAAUUCUAAUUUGUACCUAAACAAGUACAAAUCAUAAACAUUAGUACAUUUUAAAUAAUGAAUUUAAACUACUAUUUAGCUACUAAUUUAACUAUUGUCCCAAAUUCAUCAAUGUCACACAGUUAAAUUCUCUAGUUGUUUAAAUUUAAAAAAAAUUAUGGAUAGAAACAUAAACAUGCUUUCAAAUUAUAAUGCUGAGAUUCACCCAAUGCCUUUUUGAGAUGAAUAAGAUAACAUUGUUACAUUUGAGUUCACAUUUAUUAAUCCCUCACCAGACACCUCCCUUCAAAUAUUAGAAAUAUUGCAUAGUAUAUAAUAGAUUUUAAUGCACAAUAUGAUAUAUUAAGUUAUACUUUUAUAAAUAAUAAUAAGUAAAUCAAACACGAAUACCAGUAACUGGUACCUACCUACUUGAAAUAAUGUUACGUUUCACAUUUACUGAAAAUACUUUCUUUAACAGGCACCUAGUUAAUUAUUAAAGAAAGUAAUAUGAAUUAUUAAAAAAUUAGUUAACCGAAAAAAAAAUGUAAGUAUAGUACCUAAAAAAAAAAAAUUAAUAAAUACUCAUGUAUAUAAAACAAUUAAAGAAAAACAGAAUAUCUGUAUAGUACCUACUAACAAAUUAAGUAUAUAAUAAAUAGUAUCAUGUAAUCUCAUUAAAAGAUAAUCACAAUUUUAAUUUAAAAAUAAAAAUAGACUUAAAAAAUAAAACAAAUGAAAGUAAAUUAUAAUGCCUACUAUUAUAUUAGUUACAACCAACCUAUUUUAAAUCAUCGUUGAUUAUUAUUAUCAUGAAUGAUUUUUUAUAGAUGAUGAUAUAUGAUGUAUUUAAAAAUAUACACAAUUUUAUUUUUACCCAAUUAAAACUAUUAACUACGUAUCAUAUGGUAUUCUUGUAAUUUGUAACAAUUUGUUGCAUUUUUAUAGAUUUUUCAUCCAGAAAUAAAAUCAUGUAUAAAAUGUACUACCUAUUGGUAAGUUUAAUAAACCAUUUAAAAUGGUCGGUAUCUGGUGGUAUUGGGAUAUAUUGGAUUUUUAUCUGGAAUGUGAUAUCCGAAUAAUUGAAAUUGCAAAAUCUGAAUAUUCUCGAUUACCUAUUCAUAAUAUUCGAAUAUUCAAAUUUGUGUAGUAUCCGGAUUACUGUACCUACUUACUUUUACUUUUUUUCAAAUAUUUAUUUUGAUUGUGAUUCGUGAAAUAAACCUUAUGAAAUUCUGGAUUUUACAUAUUGUAAAAUGGUGAUGCAAUAUAACAAGUUAUGAAUAGUUAUAAACACAAAUAUCGUAAUUGUAGUGCCCGUAUGCCAAUAAUGUUAAUUCCGGGAUCCAAUCGUUUUCACGCAUUUGACAAUUGGAUUUAUUUAAGAGUUUUUCUCGGUUUUGUGCUGAAGUGGUUUAAUACAAUGAAACAUAUUAAUUUAAUUGUUUUGUUUAAUUUUAUAUUUUAAUAAACUAAAUAUAAUUACAUACAUUUUGAUUAAAAUGAUUUGUAAAAAUAUCAGUUAAGAAUGGAAUUGUUUAAAAAAAAGACAUACAUUCAGCAAAUUAUAAAAUAUGUGAUGCAACAUUAAACAAAAGAAAUUCCACAUCAAUGCUUCGGAAUCAUUAAAACCAAUUUCAUCAGUUAGAAAUUGGAUUUGAUGUUGAUAAUAAUAUUCGGAAUCAUCUUAAUCAGUGUGAGUAAUUCAAUUUUUUCAUUGUUAAAUGUAGGUAUAGAAAAUGAACUCUAUUGUAAUUAUAACUUAUUAUCUACUAUUAAUAAUCAAAUUUUGAUAAACCAUUUCAUGAUUUUUGAUUAAAAAUUGAAUUUAAUUUAAUUUUAUAUAUUUAAGAAUUAACAAAUUUAAAAUAAACUCAUCAAAUUUUGGAUUUAGUAGUGGGUUUAAAGUCAAGUAAAAUAGGCAGUUGCUUAUGUAAAUAUUUAGAGGCAACAUAUUAUAUUAUGUAAUAUCAAUAAAAAUUAAGAUUUUGAAGCAGAAAUAAUAUAGAGCCACCGAGAAAAAGAACUGGUGAAAAAAGAAAAAGAACAAAAAUCCAUUAUAUCCAUUGGUCGUCAAUUAAACAAAGCUCGUCAAGAACUGAUUACUUUAGCACUUAGCAGUAUGAUUUGUAUUGAUAUGUUAUAUAACAGUAGAUCAUGAGGUAUUGCGAAAAUGCAUAAACAAAUAUAAUUAUACAAAUUUUCUUUGCAUUGUUUUUAAAUUUUAAAACUUAAAUAAUUUUUAGGCGUUCUUUUGAACCUCAAUAUAUUAUAAAACAAGAAAAAAUAUUAAAAACUGUAUCCAUAACUCAUAUGAAGACAAAUUUAAUUCACUAAAAGAAACAAUAAGUUCCAUUAUAGAAAUUGGAUUAACUACAGAUACCAAAAGUAAAUGUAUUUGCAAGUUCAUUAGAUUCUAGACAUAAACAUUUGAACCAUGCAAUUACUGAGAAUGUUAAACUUAUUCGCUGUUUGUCAAAUCUCUAACCUACCUAUUUAAAGUUAAGAGGAAAUAUAUGAAAAAGAUUAAGGUCAAAUUACCAAAAAACACAACAGCUAUUGAUAUACUACUUGAGAAAGCUGAAAAUCCAUAUGUAGAAUUUGAACAGUAUUACUGAAAUUCAAAUUAACCAUAAUCUUAAUCCAUACUCGUCGUAGAAAAAAUACAAAAAAAUAUUUCCAACAAUUGCAAACGUUGCCAAGAAUAUUUUAUGCACACCUGCAUCAUCGGCAUUUUCAAAGAGAUUUUUUCAACCUCCGGAAAUAUUGUUAAGUAAAUACAUCAAAACGUAUAAGGUUAAAUGCGAAAAAUGUUUCAACUCUGGUUUUCAUAGUUUAAAAUAAAAAUAUUUAAAAUUUAAAAACCUAUUUGUUCAACAAUAUUUUUCAAUAUUAUUAUUGUAUUAUAUUAGUAUUAUAUACUGUGCUAUAUUAUUUUUGUUGCCUAUUUAUUAUUUAAAUAAUAUCGACUUAUUGUUUUGCGUUUAUGUUAAUUAUAUAAUAUACAUUUUGUUGGUACCUAUCAUGAUUUUUGUGGAGUCAAUACUUCUUUUAAUGUAUACAUUGUGUGUAACUGCGAAACUAUAUUUUAUGUCCCAAAUUUUCUUGAUUGCCUACAUUUUAUGAAUAUGUAUUCGAUUAAUACAAAUGUUUAAAUAGUAGAUACAUAUAGGUUUGUUGGAUAUGUACAAUGUCUGAAUAUAUCCUAAUAGUAAGAUUAUGGGGGUAUCCCACCAUGUCGAUUUUUCUAGAAUUUUAUUUAAUAGAAUAUUUUUAGAUUUUGAGCGGAGCGAGGAAUGUAUUGGUUUUACAAUGAUGUUUUUUCUUUUCUUUUUUUUUUCAUACUGUGUAUAAAAAUUUUACCAGAAAUCUUGCUCUUAUGUAUCAACCAACGUAGAACCUCUUCUGAAAGAGAAUUUUCUUGAGUUCGUUCUAUAAACAGGUUAUCUUUUGAUUUUCUCAGGGGUUUUCAUAAUAAUUGGGUAAAACUAGACAAAUAUGUAAUGAAAACGGAAAAUUUACGAAAAUAAUGCUUUUUUAAUUUUAAAUUUGGUUUUAUUGUAAUUCAGUUUAAAAUGUUCAAAACAUUUGAGCCAUUAUUGAACUCUGUGGAUAAAAUUGUAAGACCAAACAGAAAAGCUUAAAAAUUUAAUAGGAGGUUCAUAAAAAGUACUUUGUGGUAAAAAAAAAUUGAGUUUAAUAUAGUAUUUUUUUUAUUAAAGAAUUUCAAUAUAAAAUUUGAGUAAAAAAUUAUGUGGAACAUAUCUAGUUACUGGUGCAAGUUUUUUAAUUUUUUUUGUAUUUUGUUUCUAAAAUAUAUGCCUACCUACACCUAUUGUCGAUUUAAGAACGAUUUUGAAGUCAGAAUUGAGCGGAAUGACUUAGUUUCGAAAUUAUAGCUUUUCUGAUAUUAUGCGGAUAUUAUAAUAUGUGUUAUAUUAAAUACUUAAAUAAUAUCUCAAUACUGACAAUUUUAUCGUAUUUUUGUCGUAGUCUAGUAGUGGGAUUAGUAGAGAUCCCAAGCUCAAACACUAAUUUCGAAAAAAAUGUUUUGCAAAAUCACGUCGGGUAGGUAACAGGGAAAAAACAAAUGCAUUUUGAGUGCACCUAGUAACACAAGCCGUUGUAAUAUGACAUAAUAUUAAGUAUAAUGUCGAAAAAACAAUAAGAGUAGAAUCCGGUAAUGUCGCUCACAAUGAUAUCUUGUUUCAUAAUUUAUUUUAUGAAGAACUAAUAAGCUUUUCGUAAUAUAUUAUAAUUUAUAAGCUUCUUGGAGUUUAUCAGAAUAAUUGUUAAGGUCUUAAGGAUCUGCGAAUCGUUAUGAAAAUUAUUUCCAUAUCUUUUUUUCACGUUAGUAGUUUAGUACCUACGUUACUGUUAAUCUAAUUAUUUUACUUGACGAAUUAUUUCGUAUUUUGCUUUUUUAUGAACUGUAAUUAUGUAAAUAUUAGUGGUUUUUAAUUUCCGGUAUAAUAAUAUGUUUACAAACAUUGGUUAUAAAUAUGUUAAUACUUGGUUUCAAAAAAAUGAAAAUGUGUAAUGACGACCGCUCUAUAUGCAUAUAUGCUGAGCAUAUUAUGUUUUUUUUAAAUUAUUUUUAAUUUUAUCAGUUACAAUAUCAAAAGACUGGUUAUUAUUUUUAUGAUUAUAAGUUUUGCAUAGGUAUGGUUUUUUUAAAAUAGUUUUUAAUUUUAUCAAUUUUUUUAUGAAUAUUAAAAAUUAUAGAACGUGGCCAUUCUAACCGACUCGUGUGUAUCCGAAUAUAAAUUUGAAAAAAUAUCGAUUUUCAUUUAUUUUCUUUGUUUUUUAAAAUAUUACGGCUAAUUAAUUGAUAGGAAACAAGUUUAUUUUUCUUUUAAGACAAUAACUAUCAUUCUAUUAAUACUAUAACUAUUUUUAUAGAGUUAUUCUCAGGUGGGCGUCAAUACCCCACUCUUGUCUACUAUACACUGACCGCUGAGAAUCCUUCAUUCGUUAUCGAUGAUAUAAUUUUUGUUUACAAACAUACAUUAAGUUCCCCUCAUUUAAUUUUACCUUUCCAACUUCUCAUCUACAACAGUAUUCCACCCAUCGUGCGAAUUAUGUCAGUCUUCUGUUUUCAAUUUGUUUUUCUUUGAGGGGGUUAUCCAUUAAGAGAAAAAUUACAUUUUUGUUUUCAUCCCUACUUUCUUUUUAAAAAACUUAAUACUGUAAAAAUUGUACAAUAUAAAUAUUUACAUGUCUAAUAUAUUAUUCUAAAAAUUUGAAUGCAUCGUACCUGAUCAAUAGUUUCUUAGUUUAGGUAACUAAAGAUAGGAAAAAGUAUGAAAAACGAGACUAUCGCUAAAAUAGAAGUAGUUUGAUUCAUUGUUAUAUAAUAAAUUUAAAAUGCGAUCUAUUAAAACGGCUUUUACUAAGCAACUAUUGAUCAGAUACGAUAUAUUAACAUUUUUAGAACAAAAUGUUUUACAAAAAUGCUAUUUUGAAAAUGUUGUGAAUAUAUAUAUUUUUAUUUUAGUGAUCAAUGGAUGAAAACAAAUUUUUAAUUUUUCUCUAAAUAGAUGUCUCCCUCAAAGAAAAACAGAUUGAAAAAUAUUGAAUAUUAACAACUUUUGAAAAUUUAGGAAAAUAGACAACAUUUUCGUUCAGAAAAUAUGCUAUUCUUGAAAUUUGGACAAAGAUUUCCUUAGAAAUUGUAAAUAAUGGAACCAUCGCGUCGUAAUUAAAUUAAAUUACUAUGAAAACUACUUUCUCUGUCAGUGGCUAGAUAUUAAAUAGAACAAAAUCGAUAUCAUGUCGUUUUUCAAUCGGAUUUCUGGAAGAAAACAUCGUUUGCAAAAAUUUAAAAUAAUUAAACCGUGAUGGGCCAUAUUACGCGAUAAAGAAUCACAAUCAGUACCCACGUUAUAAUUCCUAAUAUUCUAUUGUAUACGUAUAUAGUAUAUUGAAUAUUGUUUUCACGCCUAUUUUCUAGAAUUUACAACGGCUAUUACUGAGAAACUAUUGGUCGGAUAUGAAUGCAUGGUACAUUAGAGAUUUUAGAGUAAUAUCUAUCACAAAAUGGCUAUUUUGAAAAUUUUGAAAAGUGAUUAAAUAAAAAGUUAUUAUUUUUUUUUUUUCAUUAAUUAAGGGAUGUGGAAAAAAAUUUAAUUUUUCUCUACCUAUGUGUGUCCCCUUCGCUCAAAACCCGAUUGACAACAAAAUAUUGUUGUUGACAGAAUUAUUAGCAUAACAAGGAUUACACUGUAGGACACCUGGUAUAGGAUAAAAUGCAUUUUAAUGAAAACAAUAAUAUAUACCAGUUGAUAGGUAUUUGUGCGCGUCUGCUACAGCGUAGGGCUAACGGUAUUGAAAACGAAUACCGAAAAUACCGUUAUGAACAGGGUACUGAGAUACCGAAAUAAAACUUAGAAAAACCCGGUAAGAUAAUGAUGAUGGAAGUUCGUCCAAGAUUUCUUGUAAAAAUACCAUUAUCGAAUUUAAUCGUUUCUAUUUUUUGUCAGUAAUUGGACUUACAUUAUUUAAUUUGGUUAAGUAACGAUUUCAGUAAUAGUGAUGCCAAUUAAUUGCAUAAAUGUGUUAUCAAAUUAUCAACAUCCUAUUUUAUCUUUCUUAAAAUAUUUUAGAUUCUGAAUGUAGCGAAGAAUGUAUUGGUUUUACUAAGAUGUUUAUUUUUUUAUUUUUUUUUUUAUCCUAUGUAUACAAAUUCGAACAUUAAUCUUAUUCAGAUAUAUACGCACGGCACCAUUUCUGAAAGGGAAUGUUGUCCAGAUGGUAUUCAUAAUAUUUGGGAAAAAUCAGGAUAAAACGUAAGAAAACCGGGAAAUAUACGAAAUUAAUGCUUUUAUUAUUUUAUCAAUUUUGUUAUUUAUUGUAAUUCAAGGAAAAAUAUUCGUAGAGACUUGAAAUUUAGACAGAAAAUAUUAUAUUUGCCUUUCCAGACGUGGUAAAAUUUUCAAAAAAUUUAAACCAUUUUUGAGCUUUUGAUAGACAUUUUGAUUUUGCGAGUUUUGUACGUAAUUUUUAUUCGGUAGGUAUUCUGUUGUAAAAUUGUUAGACUUAAUAGAAAUGCUUGAAAAUUUAACAGGAGAUUCAUUAAAUCUCACUUUGUGGUAAAAAAAAAAAAAUUGAGUUUAAUGUAGUAUUUGUUUUUAUAAAGGAAUUUUGAUACUAUAUUUUGACGAAAAUGGUUUGAGUAAAAAAUUAUCUGGAACAAAUCUAAUUUUUCAAUUUUUUUUUUUCGAACAUAUUCUCAAUUUAAGAAGCUUGGUUAAGUCAGAAUUGAGCGGACUAAAUUUCGAAAUUAUAGCUUUUUGAAAUUUAUAUAUUAUGCAGAUAUUUAUGUCAAAUAGCUCUCCGUUAUUUAUAUUUUUUUUUUGUGGUCAUGAAUACGUUAUUGUCAUGCUAUGAGUCGUGGGUUUGAAACCGGGGCUUAAAAAAAAAAAUGUUACACUUUUUUUCCUCUUUUACCUAAAUAGGGAAAAAUAAAUUAAUUUUAAGUGUGAUUAGAGAUCUAACUAUCGCUCGCUCGGACGAUUAUAACCGAAAAAUCUCCUCGAUUUGUUGUGCAAACUUUUCUACCAAAAAUCUUGUUUCCAUCUAUUAAGUGUAGCUUAUUUUCCGAAAAGAAAUUUUAUCUCCAAGAUUUAGGGAUGUCAUUUUUGUGAUUUUUCAAUCAGUUUUCAUAAUACUUGGGAAAAACCGAGAUAAAAUGUCGAAAAAACGGAAAAUGUACGAAAUGUAGCUAUUAGUUAAAAAAGAUUAUGGCCUUUUUUUCCCUGUGUAUAACUAUUCUACCAGCAAUUUUGCCCCGAUUUACGAUGAUAGCACUUUUUCUGAAAGUAAAUCUAACUGGAAAGAUACUUUAGAGAGGUCGUUUUUCAAUUUUUCCAAGAGUUUUCUAAGCGAAUGUGAUAAUCCGGGAAAACAGGGAAAAACGGGAAAAUCGAUACAAUAUUAAAUAAAUAUUAUUAUAGAAAAUAUAUAAUGCCUAUUUAAUUAUUUUACCGUAAUGUGACAUACAUACGUAUAUUGUUGACAAAACAUCACUAUCAACUGAAUCGUUUUUCGUUAGCAAUGGUUUAUCGUUGCUUACAGAUAUACAUUAAAUUACCCCUAAACAGUGUCCGCACCCGUCUCCAUUAUCCAAGGACGUCUUUUUUUUAAAAAAAAUCUUUUGCUAACCAAAAGUAAAAUUUUUCUCCGAAAACGAAAAUGUAAAAUAUACGGUACGGUACGAUACAAAAAUUUCCAAAUUCCGGCACACCGGAUAUACCGUCAGUCCUGGGCUACGGGCGGAUACAUAUUAUACGCACCAACGCACCUGUAUGGAACACUAUGUUGAUGCCCAAGUAGUAAUGUGUACCUACCUACUUUAUUUAUAUUCACCCAUCAUUUAAACGUGACUUGUGAGCGUAAACUCGCUAAGGCGACGGCAAUUUUACAUUCUUUUACGUACGCUCAUAUCUGUACAAUUGAACAAAUAAAAACAAUGACUAUACUUAUCCAUAAGCACCUAUAUAACCGUACUGUUACUUAUCAAUAUAAUGUUAGAAUGAUAUUCGGCCGAUUCCGGGCUAUUUUUAUAAUUUUACAACGGCGAACAACUAAUUUGGAAAUAAAAACAAAUAUAAUAUUUUAUAUUUAAAUAUUGUUCUAUUAUUUUAAUAGAAUUGUUUUCUAAUAAAAUCAGUAGAUGGUAAAUUCAAUCAAGCAGAUAGAAAUUAUAUCCAUAAAAAAAAAAGAUCUACAGUUCUCCGACCCCGGCGCCCCCCCAAGUCGUAGUGCCCCUAGAUCAUGACCUAGGUAACCCAGUCCUAAAUCCGCCCCCGAGUGUAGUUAUAAAUUUUUUUUAAUUUAAUAUUUACUAAUAACUAUAGUUACCUACUUACACAAAUACAUCAAGAGGUACCUUAAAAUAUUAUAUUAUCUAAUGGGUAUUGAUUUUAUAAUAAAAAACAUAAUAUCUAGAAUUUAUUCUCAAUUCUAGUAGAGAUCGAAAACGAUAUUAUUUGAUCGGGGUUAAAAUACAGUUGUGUUUUUAUAAUUUUACCGGUGGACACCUAAUUUAUAAGUCGAGUGUGACAAAAAAAUACUGACCCGUAUAAAUAGGUACCUACCUAGGUUAGACAUAUUUAGAAACACCGGACCGCAGCGUUUUACUUACCCUUCCCUUUUCCAUUUGCCACGAAACAUGUACUGUCAAUUUGUGAGGAGAAAUUGACCGACACAUAAUGGAAAGGUCCGAAGGUUGACAGUGUUAUUAUAAUACUGUAGGCACCUAUAUUACAUUACUUAUUCGUAGUCCUAUUUAUCUACUCAUUACUUGUGCCUACAAAGUUUUCACAUGGGUAAACGACACGGGGACAUCAGGAUAAAGCAAAAGAAAAGUGUAUUUACCAAUACACAAAUAUAAUCCGACAAAACAGUGUAAGUAGGUGUUUCUAAUGUUACGGGUAUGGAAAAGGUAAAACGACCGCUUUAAAGCUCUUCCGUAGACUGUGAUAGCGUGAUCCUGUAGGCGUAAGAACGGAAAUCGGAAACUGAACGUUCCGAUUGUCGAUGACAAUAAUAUUAAACAUAAGAUUUUUGGAAACGACGCCUAUUUGCUUAUUUGUUUUUUUUUUUUUUUAAUGAACGCAAUUUCACACAGUUUGUAACCCAAUGCAAGGCUGGCUGGCGACGUACUUCAGAGCGGUGAGCGGUAAAGCGAUAAGCGAUUUCCACUGACCACUCAGCGACAAAGUGACCACAUACUAAAAUUGCGUCUACUUUUCCGCGAUAACUGAAAUAUGAUAAAACACAUGAAACCACCUAGGUUAAACCGUCAAACUACAACAGUGGAAAACAUUAAAAUAAACGAAAACUUUUUUUUGUAAUAUUAUUGAAUCGGAUUGUGAUCAUCAACAAUGUUGAUAAGGGUUUGCCGCUCGGCGCUAACCGAUAAAAAUCAAAAUGGUUUUGACGGUCACCGCUCACAACUGCAGUACGGGCACUUUUAUACUAAACUAUACGUUCGAUUUUGUCAACAAACACGACGCUCACCGUUCUGGGGCAUGUCCCCGGCUUAACUCAAACGACCCUACUCACACGGGCGGAAAUAUUUUCUGGAGAGAUUUACAAAAAUGCGUAACAUACUCGAUUUCAGUCUGUUCAUAAACGUGAAAUUUGUAUCGUUUAUUUUAUUACAAUACAUUUUAUAUGCUUAUAACGAUUUGUAGAUAAUAAUAACGUGCAAUCUGUACCGUUUGUAAUUCGUAAUAAUAAAAAAUAAUGAACGAUUUAAUUUUCGAUUUAAUAAUUUAACAACCGGUCUUUGUCUUUGGUAACCUACCUACCUACCUACCCACCUAAUAACUAAUAGUAUAUUGACGCAUUUUAAAUACUUGGAGGGAAUUCAAUAUCGGAGGACAUUCCAGUUGGCGCGCCUGUAUCUUUGGAAUGUCUCUCAAACAUCGAAAUCGGAUUAUAAGGAUUGCCGACGAUAUUUUCGUAGAUAUCAAUGUUAGAUCAGCAACCAUCACGAUACACAGAUCGUCAGAUACUAGACCGAAUUAUUAUGCAUUAAUACACAAUACCUACUAAAUAGUUAGAUGUAAAAAAAAAAAAAAAAUUGAUUAUUGAGUGUAAUAAAUAAUGUUUAAAAAUUGCAUCAGUGAUUUUUACCAAUACAUGUUUGAUUCGUUUUUCUUCUCUUGAGCUGUUUGGAAUUACGCUCGUAAACACGAAAUACUAUCGCGUCGAUUGUUGUCUAAAGUAUCGAUAUUUUUAUCAUGUACACGUCAAACAGGUAGAUGCAACAGGUUGGCGGUGUAUCUUUCGUGAUUAGUUAGUGUUCUGUGUACGGUUCGUGUUGUUUUUAUUUUUUUUUUUUUUUAGUAUUUCUGUAUAGUAGUGUCAAUAUUAGUAAAAUGUGUUUUAAUUUGUGCGAUUUAUUGACUUGGUACAUUGCUCAUAGUGAAAUGGAGAAGUAUUACUCAUUGAAAUAUAUAUAAAAAGUAAAUUUAAACUUUAAGAUUACAGCCCAUAUUUUUAAGAAAGAAACAAUUUUGAUGUCGUUAUUUACACUCAAAUAAAUCAUUAAAUACUGACAACCACCGAAGUAUUCAAAUUAUUCAAUAGUAAUGUGACACAUGAAUACCCAUCUGGCUACUUAUAAUAAAACAGUUUCCUGCAUUUCUAUUGAGACCAAUAUUAUAAUAUUUCAUAGUUGCUUUUAUCAUAUUAUGAUAAACAAUAUAAAGUUUUCUCGAUUUUAUAAUUUUCACAGUGAUUUAAUUGUGAGGUAUGCUAUUUUCCCUGUAUUUCUUAAACAUUAAUUUGGUUUUCUGUACUUGGCAUACCUAGGUAUUUAAUAAAACAUUAUGUAUUUGCUAUAUAAAUUAAUAAAUUUACAUCCGGUUGAGUUUUACAUUUAAAUAACAAUUAAAAAGCGUACAUCGAUUAAUACAUUGUAAGUUGUCAAUAGGAGCAGUCCAUAUUCACUUGAGAUAGGUAUCUAAUAGAUAGUAUAAUAGAAAUCUGUUACUUCUUGGAUUGUAACCAAAAACCACUUUCUAAAAUUAAAAAAAAGAGGUAUUCAUAAACAACAGUUAUUUACCAAUGAUAUAUGCAACACUUAUUAUUUCAAUAAUGAUAUUUUUUUUUUCAAAAUUAUCAUUUGGUAAUAUAUAUAUCUAGUUACUUAUAAGAACUUCAUUAAAUUGUUUGAUAUACCCAGUUAUUCGUUUUAUUGAAUUAUACUUCUAGAUAUAUACUUUGGUUAUAAAUAUGAAAGUUCAGUAAUCAUAAUAAUAGUUUUGUUUCAGGUUUUUUCAUUUAAAACUAAUCAAAAAAUCAAAUCAUAUUACUUUGACAUAUACUAUGAAUUCAUACAUAAUGAAAUAUUAAAAUGUGAAUUAUAAAAAAAUAAUAAUAAUAAUAAUAAUACAAGAUAAAAUAGGUACCUACCUAUAUUUAAACAAUAUAUAUUUUAAUAAUAUUAAAUGAUAUUUGCUGAGAUAUUUUUACAAGUAUUUUUAUUUAUUGUUGAUUCUUUAACAUUGAUUUCAUAACUUAUUUUGCAUUGUUUUUUAAUAUGAUUAUAAAAUUAUUCAAAACGUUUUAACAUUUUCUAUUUGAUUACACUGGACAUAUGAGCUCUGAUGGCCAAAUAUUGUAAAAAUAGAUCCUUUUAGAUAUUAGAUAUAGUACAUUAAUGGAAUUAGUAUAUAUAUAUUUAAUUACCUACCUAUAAUUUAUUAAACCUAAUAAAUCAUUUUAAAAUUUCAUAAAGUGAGAGGCUAAAUUAUUUAAUGGUUAAGUGUUAUUUUGCAAGGAGUCUGGUCAUCUGCAAAGUUUAACUAAAUCAUUAAAGACUACGGAGUUUUUUUUAGUAAAUUAUCUAGAACAGUAUGUAUUAAAUGUAUAAUGAAUUGUUCUACUUGGAAGAUUAUAUAUAUAUAUAUAUAUAAUAUGUUGUUAUUAAUAAGUCUUUUAAACGAGCUGUAAUUACUUUCAUAAUAAUACAAAAAGACAAAAGUAAAUUAAUUUUGAACAUGGGUAUUUAAUAAUUUGUUUGUAUUAAUUAAUUAUGUACUAUAAAGGUUUUUUUUUUUUUUAUCAAAUCACAUAAAUUAUUUGACUACAUUUUAUGUGUUAUUUGUAUUUGUUCAAAUUUAUCAGCUAUAAUAUAUUUAGUUUACUGAUCCUAUGUACUACAUUGUUGACCUAACUAUUUCAAUAUUCAUAACAAAUAAUUGUUCAUAUUUUGUAUUUAGAAUUAUUAAUCGAAAUAGGUACAUGUCUAGUAGGUUUUCAAUAAAUAAUCUUAUAGUAAUGGUUUUGAAUUAUUCAUUAACAAAUUAAAAUGCUUUACCUGUACACAUUCAUACUGUUUACUAUGAACUACGAAGAAAUACAUUUUUCACUGUUUUAGUAGUUUAUUAGGCUAUACAGAUGUAUGUAAAUGGAAUUUAUUAUUAACACAUCAUCCAUAGGUUAUAUAUUAAAUGUAGACAAUAUAAAUUAAUUAAAAUCAUUAUAUUAAUUUUCUCAAGUAAAUUAUAAAUUUUUAGAUGAAUAUAGAUAGAUUAGAUGAACAUUAACGUAGGUAGUUAUAGUGAAAUACACAUAUUUAAUGUAACAAUUUAGAGCUCCUUGUUUCUUAAAUUUUCAAAAAAAAAUCCAUUUUGAAAAUAGUCAAUUCUUUACAAAAUGAUGAGUGUUUCAACAAUAAAAAAAAUCACACUGUAUUAAAAUUCCAAUGAUAGCCUAAGUAAGUGCUUUUUAAAUUUUGAAAUAAAAUUGUCACCAUUAUUGUAUAGCCAUAGGCGUAUGAGUAGGUAUUACUAAAACAUUUUGUAGAAAAUAAACAGACUGGAAAAAGCAUCUACUGUGUAUGUUUCAAUUAUCUUUUUAUAUAUUUCAUUUAAUAAAUUAAUACACUUGUUGUUAUUUAUCAUUUAUGUUUAAUAUAUUUUCAGGGAGUCCCUGGGAAGUAACAAUCAUGAGUGGAGGAUCAUAUAGUCCAAAAUUGAGCAUCCUCGGUGAUGCUGUCAAAUUGAUACCUGUAGAUUCAGUAGCAACAUUUCAAAUAAGUGCUAUUGGAUUUCAUCGAGAAGACAUACAAGUGAAUGUUUUAAGUAAGUUAAUUUAAUUGAAUAUGAACAUUCAGUGGCGAAUUUAAGGGGAGGGCCAAAGGGCCUUUCCUCUCCAUUGGCCUAAGUUUUGUUUUAUUAAUUCAAUAGUCAUAAGUAGCAUGUAUGAAAUAGGUAUUGUAGAAUGUGUAGAUGUGUUACAAACUUACAAUAUAAUUGGACAGUUGAAUAUGUGACAAAAUUAUAUUUUUAUUUCGUAACCGUGGAUAAAUAAUUUCUCUUAAAAAAUAUUGUAUAGCUUAUCUGGAAAAGUCUAUAAUUUUUUCUGUGUAACUUUCCUACUGGCCAUCGUUAUUAUAUCAUAUAUCAUAUCUUUAAUAAAUAAAAAUACACACUUAAAAUUAUUGUCUAUUUGUUUGUAUUUAUUAAAUACUGAACAAAUUUAAAUUGCCUGGCUGAUCAGUAUUCUAAAAACAAGAGUGGUUUGGUGUAAGGAGAUUACUUUUAAUCCAAAUGAUAUACAAGCUCAAAGUUUUUCUAUAAUAACAUAAAAACUAUAACCAAAGUUUAAAUUAUUGUGAAUAAGAAAAUAAUAACUACCCAAAAUUAAAUUCUGGUUUCGCCACUGUGAACAUUUAUACAUUUUUUUUAAAUGUAUUUAAGUAUUAGUUGAUGUAUAUAGGGUUUAACAUGUGACUUAAUGGUGUUUAUUUUUUUAGGUCCAUCAAAGCAUAAUGUAAUACAUAAACUUAUCAAUGAAGGAGGAAAUGGAAUAUUCAGGAUAGAGUUUGUUAUACUUGAAGUGGGAACACAUUUAGUUGAUGUUAUUGUGGCUGGUCAUAAACUUGGAACUGGUACAUUAUUAGCUAAAGGUUAUAAUUCAGCCCUGAUUAGAGUAACUGAUGUUUCCGAUGCUGUUGUUGGCCAACCAUGUCAAUUCAGAGGUUUGUUUACGUGAAUAACACUUAUGGUUUAUUUAUUUGUUUUUUAAAUAAAAAUAAUUGUAUUGCAUAUAGUUGAUGCUAGUGAUGCGGGCGAAGGCCAGCUAGAAAUAUCAAUUAAUGAAGGAGAAGUGCCAAAUCAUGUUACUGUAGUUGGGGGUGGAAGAUGUUUAGUGUCUUUUACACCUGAGCAUGUAAAACCUCACAUGAUUGAUAUCAAAUUUAAUAGUGAAACUGUAAUAGGUAAACAAAAUUAUUCAUUUGAUUCUAAAUUAUUAAAUAAUAAAUUAGUUGUAUUCAAAUUUUUAUACUUCACCAUUAUUUAUUUUAAGGAUGUCCAUUUGUAUGUUCAGUAUCUGAUACCAGUCGGGUAUCAGUGAAUUUAUCUCGUUUGGAGUUGAUUCCUGUUAAUCAAGUCGCAAAAUUUCAUAUGAUGGUUGACAAUUCAGCUUCAGCUGAGUUGUCAGUAUCUGUAACUGGUAAAUAUUUGUUUUAUGAUUGUGUUGGCCACCUUAUACCUUAUGACCAAAUAAUAAUUAUUUUUGUUGAAUGUCAGGUCCAACCGCCGAGCUGCCAGUUAAAGUAACAGGAAAUGUAAAUAUAGGUUUCACUGCCGAGUUUACACCUCUUCAAGUUGGAGCUCAUUCCAUUUCAGUUGAAUACAAUGGACAUGCUGUUAAUGGUACUCCCUAUGUAGCUAAAGCUUAUGAUUCAAGCAAAGUCCUAGUUGGUCAUGUGCCUAAAGGUCAUGUUGGAAAUACAUUUCAAUUCACUGGUAUAGUAGACAUUUUUUUUUUCAUUGAAUAUUAUGUAAUUGUAUAAUAUAAUAUAAUAUUAUUGUUCUUUUGUAGUUGAUGCAAGUGAAGCAGGUGAAGGAAACUUAGAAAUUACUAUAUCAGCCAGAGGUGCCAAUAUUCCCACUCAAGUGCACCCACAAGGCAAUGCUAAAUUUGCCGUUAGCUUUUUACCACUUCAACCUACUGAUCAUGUUAUUACGAUUCAUUUCAAUAAGGAACCAGUCCCAGGUAAUAACAAUAGUAAUAAAAUAUAUAAUAAUAUUUAUUAACUUUGGAAAUAAUUAUAUAUUAACAAGAGAUUAACUGUUGAAAAAAAUUAUUUUUCAGGGUCUCCUUUUAUUGCUCACGUUGAGGGAGAUUUGCCGCUAGUCAGUGGUUCUUCACUGACUAGCGCACCUGUCUCAACUACUUCCCAUUUCACUAUGAGCAAUGUAUCUGGGUCAUUGGACGACAUUGAAGUUAAUGUUGAGGGUAAGUUUAUUGAUUAAUGAUAUUUAUUUUGGAAUGUUUUCAUUCUACAUAUUCGCCUCAGCACGACUGUAUGGAAUUUCGUUUAUAGCUUGUUUACAAGUAUUUGUGUCUAUAUUUUUACAGGUGGGCGAUAUCACAAAUCUCGAUUUUACUGAUCUUCUAUCUUUUAAUAACAAACCUUUUAAAACUUUCUGUUAGCUAUUAACGCUAUUACUUUAAUUUGGUGGAAGUUAUCUUAAUAAAAUAAAAUAAAACUAAUAAAGUACUUAAAUAAAUGUUAUUUAUAGUAUAUAAAUAAUAAUUAUUUUAAGGUGGUAAAUUUUUAAUACACAUAUAAAAAGAUAUUAAAGAUUAAUAAAGCACUAAUAAAAUAUAAACAAUUUUGGUAGGUGUUAUGAAUGUAUUAUGUAAAAAAUAUGAAUAAUAAGUUUUAAAUUCAAUUUUUGUUUUUAUUCUUAUAUUCUCAUCUCAUAUUACUUAUUAAUGAGUUUUAUGUUUUUGGGGUAACUCUUUUGACAUAUUUUCAUAAAAUACGCUUAUUAUAUAAUAGUGACAGUGACCAAUAAAGAUGUUUUCUCAUAAAAAAUAAAGAGUUUAAUACAAUAUUGUCAUAAUAAUUGUUAUUAAAAUGCAAGUAACUAAAAUGUUACACUAUGAACACUAUAUAUUCUGUACAAUUUAUAAUUUGAAUGACAUUUACUUUAAAUAUGACCAAUCAUAUUAUGUAUUUGUGAUAUUUUGUAUUAAAUUUAUUUAAAAUAAUACCUAAAAGAUAUGUCAUACUUAUUAGUAUAUCUUAUUAUCUUUGUCUUGUAAAGCUAAAUUGUUUUCUGAAUUUCCAGUGAUUUAAGUUCCAAGAUAAAAUGUGUUGAAAAUAACAUUAUUUUUUGAAAUGAAACAGUGAUUAGUGGUUGUUUUUCAAUAUUUUAAUUUAAAAGUAAGUCAUAAUUACUCGAAUAAUAUAUAUUUUUAUCAAAUUUAAAAAUGUAAUAUCUGCCAAAAAAAAAUUAAAAAUUAAUAUUCCUUAAAUAAUGUUAUCAUUAAUAAAAAUAAUGAAUCAAAUGCAAGUCAAAUAUUGUCUAAUGUUUAUUUACAUUAUUUGAAGUAUGAAAACACAUUUUGCAUUGCUGUGUGUGGAUAUACAAAGGGCAUUAAAUUUGAGUAUAAAUGUUUACCUUAUUUAAUUUUACUAAUUAUAUUUUAAUUCAAGAACUAUUUAUGUUUAAAUCAUUUUUUUAUUACUAACUUUUAAGAUAUGUAGUUAAUUGGAUACUAUUUUAGAAUCCCAUUUAAAAUUAUUGGUGAACUAACCGAAUAAAACAAAUUAAUGUAAUAUAUUGUUAUAAUUUAAUAUAAUUCUUGUGUAAAUGUCACUCAUAAAUUUAGUUUCAGAAGUAAAAACAUUUAUUUGAAAUUGAAUUUGUCAUAAAAUAAUAUAAAAUUGAUUUAAACAUUUUUUUAUUAUAUUAAAUUAAAAUAAUUUGCUUGUAUAAUGUUUAUAGAGGUAUAUAUUAUAAUGUAAUACAUUAAAUUGAAUAGUAUUAAUAUUUAUGUUAUGAUCCUAGGAAUUGAUUAAAUUUGGUUUUUUUGAAGAAUUCUACAUAAUUAUUAUUUUUAAAUAAUACAAAUAAAAAAUUGUUUUACCUAUUCAAACUAAUUUCAUUUAUUUCUAACAUUUUACCCUUGUAUUAUGUUUAUAGUUAUUGGAUAUAAAAUAUCAACUUAUGGUAUUUUUUAAAGCAACUAUUAUAAUUGAUAAAUUAGAAGACACCCAAGUGAAAAUUUGUUUGAAAAGCAAUCUGCUAUAAUAAACUAAUAAUUGGUUAGUUAAUUUGUUAUAAAGAUAAUGUAUUAAAAAUAAAUAAUUAUUGUACAAAUGGAUAGUUAGCAAUUCUUUUUGAAUUAUAUGACAAAUAAUGAAAUAACUUUUUUUUAGUUUCUUAAGCAUGCCAACUAUAAAAGAAUUGCACUGUUAUCUUGUGUACUACAUUUCUUUUAAAUUUGUUUUUUUUUUUCUAAGCAAUUUAUUUACUUAAACAUUAAAAAAAAAAAUGUUUAUUUAAUGCUUAUGCGCUUCACUCAUAAAAUAAUGUUACUAACACUAAUGAAGGAUUAUAUAGGUCCUAACGGGUCUGCUGUUCCUGCCCAAGUAAAAGAAUCUGGUUCUCAAUCAUAUAAAAUUGAGUUCUGUCCAAAAAUUGUUGGCGAACAUAAAAUCGCUGUUAGUUAUCUUCGAAAUCAAGUAGCCGGAUCUCCAUUUAGUUGUAAAGUAUACGAUAUCAAAGCAAUUAAAGUGAAGUCAGUGCCCAAGGGAACUGUUGGACAACAAGUCACUUUUAUUGGUAAAUACUAAAUAAUAAAAUAUAUCAUGUGAGAUUUUAUAAUUUUAAAUAGUUAGCUGUUAUUUUUUUUUGGUAAAUUUCAGUUGAAACAAGUCAAGCUGGUCCAGGUAAUUUAGAAGUAACAGUAAAUGGAGGUCGAGUACCAACUUCUGCUCAAGCUCAAGGACCACAUACUUAUGCAAUAUCAUUUACACCUCGUCAGCCAACUUUACACACAGUUCAUUUGCGUUUUAAUAAUCAUGACGUACCUGGUAAAGUUUAAGUUAGAACUAACAUUUUUUCGAAACAAAAUUAAUUUUUUUUUGGAGUUUCCUAUUAAACAUUUAUAUUUCCCUACAUUUAUUUUAGAUUCUGAGCGGAUCAAGGAAUGUAUUGGUUUUACAAUGAUGUUUAUUUUUUUUUAUGUGUGGACACUUUAUACUAGAAAUCUUACUUAGAUUAUCAAGUAUAGCACUUUUUCUGAAGGGAAAUAUUUUCUAGGUGGUACUUAUAGAGGUCAUUUUUUGAAAUACUCAUUAAUAUUCAAGAUAAUGAAGAAAACUUGGUUCUUUAGAUUAAAAAACGGUUAUCAUUGGACACCUUUUUUGUUAUUAAGUUUUUAUUAUUUUAAUCUAUUUUUAACAAUCAUUGUUAUCACGCAAAAAGUACAUUGUAACCAUAUUACCAUUAUAUGAUCUAUAUAUUGUUGUUGACAAAGUAACACUAUCAAUUGAACUCCACUCAGAAUCGUUUUUUCAUUAGAAAUGAUUUAUUGCUGCUUACAAAUAUAUAUUAAAUAACCAUCUAUAUCCUACUUUCCCAACUUUCCACCUCCAACAGUGGCUGCACCCACAUGCGAAGUAUGUCAGUCUUUUUCUUUUUUUUUCUGUGGUCAACUAUUCUAUCAGAAAUCUUGCUCUGGUUUACAAGUGUAGUAUUUUUUUUAAAAGGGAAUUUGACUGGAAAGAUUUUUUAGAAAAGUCAUUUUUCGAUUUUCCCAAGAAUUUUCCCAACAAAUUGGAAAAAAUGGAAGAAAAACUGGAAAAUGUACGAAAUGUAGGUAUUAGUUGUAAAAAAUAUAGCUUUUUUUUCUAUGAACAACUUUUCUACCAGCAAUUUUGCUUUGAUUUACAAUGAUAGAACUUUUUUCUGAAAAGAAAUCUGACUGGGGAGGUACCUUAGGGAGAUUAUUUUUUGAUUUUCCCAGGAGUUUUCUUAAUAAAUGAGAAUAAUUGACAAAUAGGUACAACAUUAAACAAAUAUUAUUAAAUAAAAUAUUAAUGCUUAUGUAAUUAUUUGUCCAUAAUAUUAUAUAUAUAUAUUGUUGACAACACUAUCUACUGAACUGCUCACAGAAUCAUUUUUCUUUAGCAAUGGUUUAUCAUUGCUUACAGAUAUACAUUAAAUUUCUCCUUUUCUACCUUCCCAACUUCUCACCUACAACAGUGGCCCACCCAAGUGCCAAGUUGCCCAUUGUUUUUAUUUUAAAUAUACGAUUCUUUCAAAAUACUAUGCAUCAAUCACUAUGAACUAUUAUUUAUAGGUUCACCAUUUACAUGCUCAGUUUCUGAAGCUGCGAGAGUUGUUGUCUGGUCAGCUACUGAAGAUAAGGUUGCUGUUAGUAAAGUAGCAUCAUUUGCUGUUCAAUGUGAAAGCAGUCCUCAAGUCCAAGUACUUGCACCUCUUAGACAUUCUUUACCUGUUACUGUUAUUCCAGCUGCUCAACCAUCAACACAUAAUGUUCAAUUUACCCCCAUUGAUGUUGGUUAGUGUAUUAAUUUAAUUAAUAAUGUAAUUAAAAUUAUACUAUUGUUUUUGUACAUUGAUGUAUUUUUAAUUAUUUAUUUAGGUGAUCAUAGCGUUGAAGUUAAAGUAGAUGGUAUCCAUGUUGAGGGUAGUCCAUUUUUAGUUAAAGCAUAUGAUGCUUCUAAAGUACGCGUUACAGACAUUAACACUGGCUUUGUAGGCAAACCUGUAAAUUUUAACAGUAAGUACAUACUUUAAAUAACAUUUUUUUUAAUAAAUAAAACUAAAAACUACAUAAUUUCAGUCAACGCUAGUGAAGCUGGUGCUGGUAAUUUAGAAAUUAUAGUAUCAGUUAAUGGAGUUAAUGUUCCAAAUUAUGUUCAAUCAGAAGGCAAUGCUAAAUUUCGGGUCAAUUUUAAACCUCGUGAUGCUGCUCCCCAUAGUCUAAGUGUACGUUUCAAUGGUGAACCCAUACCUGGUAAUAUAUAUAUAUAUAUAUAUGUGCAAUAUUUUAUUAUAGAUAUAGUUUUAAAAUAGUUGUUUGAUUGAAAAUGUAUUAUUUAGGAUCUCCAUUGACUUGCAGAGUUUUGGAUAUUGAUCAAGUUGCUGUGACAGGCAAUGGCGUUCGAUAUUGUGCCAUAAAAAAAACAGCAGACAUCAAAGUAGAAAGUCCUGAUAUAUCAAAUGAUACAAAUUUCAAAGUUAAUGUUUUUUCACCAUCUGGACAAAUAGUUGAUGUUAAAACAAGCAUAAUGGCUAAUGCCAUUGGAGCUAAUUAUACACCAAAUGAAAUUGGUAAGAACUGAGAAGUAAUAUAAAUAUAUAAAUAUUUAUAACAGAUAGUUAUGCAUAUAAAAAAUACCUGUUUUGACCGACUGAUUUAUCAACAUGGGGUCUAGAAACUAUACAUUUUGCACAAAGGUUCUUUAUAGAAUACAGACAACCAAGAACAAAUUUUUCAAAACUCAACUCCUAGAGGAUGGCUGAUUCAGGUUUCCUGGUAUCUUUGAAACAAAAAUUGAAUUUUUGUUUUAUUUAUUUAUUAGGUUAACUUGGUGUCGUGGAUAAGAAAAAAACAGUUAUUAUAAGUUAAUUUGAUUGUCACUGACAAGAAACUAAAUUAAAAAAAAAAAAUUACUGGCAACAAUGGUUAACUGUGAUAGUGACAAGUCUAACCUUUUAAAAUUUUUUUUGUUCAAUACUGAAGGUGGUGUGACAUGAGAUUUUUUGUUUUUGAUUUAUGAAAAUAUUAUAUACAAAUAAAUUAAUUACAUUAUCUUAACCUACUGUGAAUAAUUGACUUUUAAUUUUUAGGACGACAUAUGAUAGAAGUUUUUAUAGAAGACCAACCAGUUGACGGUAGUCCAUUUGCAUGCAAUGUGUAUAAUAUAAACAACAUCAGAGUAACAGGACUUGAUAAUGCUAAAGUAUGUUUCUAAUAGAUUAUGUUAUAUUAUUUAUAUAUAUAUAAUAUACAUUAUACUUCCACAAAGGCUGGUAAACCAGUUACCUUCAGCGUAGAUGCUACUGAAGCUGGGGAAGGCACAUUAGAACUGGUGGUUAGCAGCCAAAGAGGCACAGUCAAGGCAGAAGUAGUGGCUUGUUCUAGAGGAUUAUAUGAUGUGACAUUUGUUCCUCAUAUUGCAUUACCACAUUUUGUUAACAUAACAUUUAACGAUGAGAUUGUACCCGGUAAAUAAUAUUUCUAUUUUUUAAGUUUUAAUUCAUUUUUGAAUGCUUAAAUAUUCUAUUUUAAAGGGAGCCCAUACAGUUGUGAUGUAGUUGAUUUAAAUGGAGUUAAAAAGGGUGUAUCUGGUUCAUCAAUAACUGCAUAUGGCGAAGGAUUACAACGAGUAAAACUUGGUUAUCCAGCUCGCUUUGAUAUUAAUCCACAUAUUGCGGAUCAUGGAUCUAUUAGUGUGAUUGUAAAAGGUUUGUUAACUUAAACAAAAAAGAAAACCUACGUGUCCAAAUUUGUAAUGCAUAUAAUUUAAAUUAGGUCCUGACAAUAAGACAUUACCCGUUAGUUUACAUAAACAUGACAGUGGAUUGUAUCGGGUGACAUAUCGGCCAUCAAUUGUUGGUGUUCAUAUGAUAACAAUUAUGCAUCGAAAUCAAUCAAUUACUAAACAUCCUUGGAAAGUUCAAGUCAUAGAUUCUGAGUUGGUAACUGUUAGUGGACUUAAUGAAGCUAUCUGUAAUAAACCAACAAUGUUUAAAGGUAAAAAUUAAUUUAAAGACAUAGUUGAAUAGUUUAUAAUGAACUUUCUUCUUAAAAUAUAGUUGAUACCAGGAAUGCUGGUAAAGGAGAGCUAUCUGUAACAAUUAAAGCGGCUGGUCGUAAUGUCAAACUAAAAACUUCAGAUGUUGAGUCCAAUGGUAUCCAUCAAGUAGCAUAUCAACCUGUUAUACCUGUACCUCAUCAGGUUUACAUAAAAUAUAACAAUUUUAAUAUCAAUGGGUCACCAUUUGUGUUGAAUGUUCGAGAACAAAAUCCAUCAACAUCAGCUGAACUUCGAGUUAUUGGUUUAGGACUUUAUCAAGGUAUUUCAAACAAAAUGUCUACAUUUAUAAUCGAUAGUGCCGGUAAAUCUAGUCAUGAAUUUGAUGUUGUGAUUACUGGACCACAAAAUAGUGCCGUCCCUUCACAAUGUUAUCAACACAAAAAUGGUAUGAACUUGAUUGUUGAAUUUACACCUCCUAAAGUCGGUACGUUAAUAUUUUUAUAUAAUAUAAUAUAUAUAUCUUAUUUUUUCUUAUUCAUUGAGUAAAAUGUUGAAUUAAUUGUAAUUAUUCAGGACAGUACAAUAUUGAUGUCACACAUUUUGGUAAACAUUUAAAAGGAUCACCAUUUACUAGUUAUGUUUAUAAUGCUGGAAAUGUUAAAAUUGACAGUCUUCCUGAAAAAAACAGUGCUGUCACUCAUAAGCCAGUAUCAUUUAAGUGUUAGUAUGAGAUAAAAAUUGUUUUACAGAAGAAACUGAAUGAUAAUUUAUUUAAAAUUUUUAGUGUUACGAAAGAACGCUGGUUUGGCUGAUUUUACUGUUACUUGUCUUGGACCAGAAAAUGAAGACGUUCCAGUUGAUUUAAAAUCAUUUAAUGAAGACGUCGAUGUUAUUCAAAUACAUCCCACUGUACCCGGAGAUUUUAUUUUUAAUAUUCUUUAUGGCAAAGAUCAUAUAUCAGAAUCUCCAUUAAAAGUACAUGUAGCUGAUCCUGGAGUACCUCGUGUUUGGGGUUCUGGUUUAGUAAAAGCAUUAAAAGACAUUCCAUCUAAAUUCUACUUAUCAGCCUUGGGCACAUCAUACCACACUGUUCCUGUUGUUACUGUAUGUAAUGAAACUGAAAUAUUACCUGUAACGAUUAAUCAAUCUUUAAAUGGCCAUGAAGGAGAUUAUGAAGUUUCAUUUACACCAAAUAAUAUUGGUUUUUGUGAUAUUAAUAUUGUUUGGAAUGGAAGACAUGUCGACGAAUCACCUUAUAAGUGUAUAGUGGUUGAUUUAAGUAAAGUGCUGACAAUUGGCGAAUUAAAUUUAAAUAGCCGUCUUAUGCUCGGUGUAAAUGCUCCCUCAUCAUUAUUAUUUGAUAUUUCAGCUGCUGGGCCAGGUACAGAAUACCAUAUAUUUUAUCAAUUUUUUGUUUGUUUUCUUUUUAAACAUUUUAUGUUACAGGUGAAUUGGAAGGCCAUUUAGAAAGCCAGGGGGGAUCGGUUUUUCCAAUAUUAAUGGACCACUCUGGUGAUAAUGUGAAAUGUGUAUUAACACCACAUAUAUCUGGUCCUCAUACUUUGAACUUGAAUUUUGCUGGACUGCCAUUGCCAGGUUCACCAUAUCCAGUUCUAGUAGAAAGUGGUGCUGCCGGUGUACGAGUAACCUUGUCAGGUAGUGGGUUGACAACAGCUACCUGUGGCCAACAAACAGAGUUUACAAUCGAUGGAUCACAAGCUGGACCUGGUAAAUUCAUCAUAAUAAUUACUAAUUAGCAUUGAGUAACAACAUUUUUCUAUUUUUCUAUAGUUUUUAAAUUUUAUGUUUUUUAGGCAAUCCUGUAGUUACCUUAGCAGGCUCUCGACAUGAAAUUUCUGUUAACAUUGAAAAAAAAGGUGAUAACAUAUACAGUGCUUUUUAUACACCUGUAAGCCCAGGACCUUAUUUAUUAAAUGUACUUUGGGGACACAGGUAUGUAAAAAUACAUUUUCAAGUAUUUUAAAUAAUCAAUAAAAACAAUUUUUUUCUCCUCUUAGGCAAGUAAAAGGUUGUCCUUUAAAACUCAAUGUAACCGGAGUUUGUGAUGCUAGUAAAGUUCUGUGCACUGGAGAUGGUUUAGGUAUUGGUACAGUUGGAAAAGAUAUAAGAAGUUUUAUUGACACACGUAGAGCAGGUCCAGGUAUAUAUUACAAAUUCAAUACUUUUCAGUUAUUUAUAAUAAUUUAUAAUAAAAAUAAUUUAUGUAUUAACUGUUUUUUUUUUUAGGAGAGUUGAGUGCACACUGUAUAGGACCUCAUAAAGUUGCCUAUUGUGAACUUUAUGACCAUGGCGAUGGUACAUUUACUUUAAAUGUGAAACCACAAGAAUCAGGCAGACAUACGUUAACUGUUAAAUAUGCUGGUGAGUAUAAUAUAGAAUUGUGUAUAGCAUAUCUAUUAUUUAUUGUUAUUCUUAAUAGGUGAGGAUGUACCAGGAAGUCCUUUUACUGUUCGAGUUAGUGGAGCGCCAGAUGCUAGUAAAGUGCGUGUUUAUGGACCAGGUAUUGAACAUGGUGUGCUAGCAAUUUUUCAAAGUAGAUUUAUAUGUGAUACUCGAGGAGCUGGGGCUGGCCAGUUGACUGUAAGGGUUAGAGGUCCUAAAGGUACAUAAUAUAAAAUAUACUAAAUUUCUAAAUUACAAAAAUUAUUUUAAAUAAAAAAAAAUUGUCGGCUUUGUUAUUUAUUUUUAAUUUGUCUAUUUUAGGAGCAUUUCGUGUAGAAAUGCAACGUGAAAACCAAAAAGAUCGAACUAUAUUAUGUAAAUUUGAUCCAACAGAACCAGGGGAUUAUAGAGUUGAAGUAAAAUGGGCUGGAGAACAUGUUCCUGGCUCACCAUUUAUGGUUAUGAUUUUUGAUACUCAAGAAGAACUUAACAGAUUUUUACAGGUAUAAAAAAAUUCAUAAAAACAAUAAUUUCUCAUAUUUUCUAAUGUUAUUGUAAUUAAUAAUUAUUUAUUUUGUUGCUUUAUUGAUAUUUCAGGGUAACCAUUCUCCAGCAGGUUCUGAUCUGUAUAGUAGUGUUAAUUAUUCAUCAAGUUAUGCUCACAUUACACCUUAA